AUGAGUAAGAAUAAAAGCAAAGAAUAAGUUAAUAACUCCUAAGCGAACAUCUCAAAAAAUGGUUCUUAAGCAUAACUUAAUUAAUCUAAAUCUUAAUCUUCAAUUAAUAAUUAGUCCGUAUUGAAUUAAUCUCUUAAGGAUGAACUUAACAAAUCAAAAACUAAUGAAUAGGUUUAAUAGGAGAAUCAGGAAGAUAAGUUGAAUUAGUCUCAAUAGAAUAAGAACUAUACUAUAUCAGCGAAGUCAUGGGACUUGAAUCCACAUGAAGUAAAGUUUUUGAAUGAACUUUACGGAGAAAUCCAAGAGGCAUAAUUACUAGCUGAAGGAUUGCAAGAGGAAAACAAAUUUGAGAAUGAACAAAUUGAAUUAGCUUAGAAGGAUAUUAAUACUGUACAAAAUGUAAUAGAGAUGUUGAAGGAGGAGAGUGACAAGGAGGAUGAUAUAAGAUUUGCAAUUGAUAAUGCUUUGUUAAAUUUAGCUACUACGAAAAGAAAGACUGAAGAUGAGAACGAUAAAUUAAGAGAUUUGGUGAGAUAAAGAAAUGCUUAACUUAGAAUGUUAGUAAUAAAGGUUAAAGAUUAGGAUCAAUAAUUAAAAUCGAAGGAUGAAUAAAUCAAAAGAUUAGAAUAAUAGGUGUAACUCUAGGGUCAGACUUUAAGAUAGUAUUAUAAUGAUUAAAUUUAGAUUAUAGAAUAAAGUAGAGGAUGAAUAUAGAAUAAAAGUGGUUCAAGAGUAGUUGAGGAAACCAAGGGAAAAUAAGUUAUUUGAUGAAUCUAAAUUUGUGGAUGUAAAUGCUAGGGAUGAUCCUUUUGAUUUUUGGUAGAAUAAUGCAAUUAGAGAGUAUCCAGGAGAACCUAAAAAGCUAAAUGAUGUAGUUUAGAAAAAGACAUUGUGGGUUGCCUAAAAGGAGGAUGAGAAAUUGAACAAAUUUGAAUACUCAAAGAUGCCUAAGUCUAAUGAAUCGAAUUUUUGGGGGAAGUGA